AUGGGCAAGCACACCUACUUCGACAGCGACACCGAGAUCGACGAGCUCGCCGACGUCGACGUCAAGAGCCCCAAGAAGGCCAAGAAGCAGACCAAGAAGGAUGCCAAGUCCGUAGUUGGCGAAGACAGUCCCAACAAGCGCAAGCGUGCCGCUGGAACUGGCGUGCGAAAUGCCUGGACCAAGGAGGAGGAGGAGGACUUCCUCGACUGCCUGCAGGACGUCAUUGCAGCUGGCAUGAGCAGCGCCCUGCACAACUACCCCAGGCUGGCAGCCAGAUCGAGCGGGAGCUGCCUCAAGCACUGGUACUCGUGGCGCCGUCGACAGGAGAUCAGCAUGCUCGGAGCACCCACCAUCGACAAGAACGGCAAGAAGCUCCCCAACUUUGUCCUGCCCGACAAGAAGGACGAUAGCCGCCUACCGGCCCAUGAUCGCUAG